UCUAAGGUUAAUAAUCGUCUUCAGCAGUCUGCAUUACAGUGGCCAGAGAAACAAAAAGUGGCCAUUGCAAAACCAAAAAGACAGUUAUUUUGAAAGAUAUUAACUUUUUUAAUAUCUAACCCUGCUACUGAAGUCUCAUUAGCCUCAGACAUAGACAUUUGAACACUUUUCUUUCUUUUUUUGUGUGUGCACAAAAUAAGGUGUGUGGAUUUUGUAAGCACUUGUGGAGGUGAUAUUUUAAUAGACAAAAUGUGAACAGGAGGAAGAUAAACCAGUCAUAAUAUUCAUAAAGGUACCUGAUCAUUGUUUUUAGACAGACUUCGUGAACACAUCCUUGAAUCCUCUUUUUGCUACUGGUAAUGGAGUUAUUUUGUGACAUUGUACCGGUACUUUUACUUAAGUAAAACAUCUAAGAAUCCCGCAGCUGUGUUGAGAGGAGUGUCUGAAGUGUAGUGAAAACUUCCUGGCUGUGAAGGAGGCUGUGCUGUGAGCUCCUGCAGAGAGACCGCCUGCCUGUUAUUGUUUACGGUCAGACUAAUGUAAAGUAGGUCAUGGAAAAGGGAAGCUCAGCUAGCUCCUCGUCCAGUUGCCGUGUGUAAACGAUCCAGCUGCAGGUGUCUUCAAGCAACAACGUCUCUGUCGUGCUGUCGAUGCUUCCCCGCGAAUGCUGGUUGUGAACAACAGGCAGCAAAUAGACAAAUGCAGCUCUCCCAUCAUCUGGAUUGAAACCUGAUCUGACUGUCAGGUUCUUCUACUGGUGAGACUCUGUCGCUGCCAUGUCCAGGCGAAGCAGGAACAGUCGUGCAUGGCGAUACGUUUGGGGUGGGAUACGACGGGAUGCUGACGCCCGGGCGCUUGUGCUGGCCUCUGAAAGUGAAGAAUGGAGCUAUGACCGCCUAGAGUACAGUGAUUCAGACUCCGAGGCAGACUUUUCAGCAGUAAUGGUCCCUCCAGUCCCCAGUGCAGUGCCUGUCACCGGAGAAUCCUACUGUGGCUGCGAUUCACAGGCAGACACCAGCUACAACCCUCGCCUCCGAGGUUUUCACCAAGUGAAAGACUGCCACUGUGGCGAAGAUGACCAAGAGUUUGAUUGGGUGUGGGAUACCAACAGCCGAUCAACAGCAACAUUACUGAGCUGCGACAAUCGCAAAGUGAACUUCCACUCUGAAUACAGCUGUGGCACAGCAGCAAUCCGUGGCUCCAAGGAGCUGGCAGAAGGGCAGCACUUCUGGGAAAUCAAGAUGACGUCCCCAGUGUAUGGAACAGACAUGAUGGUUGGCAUCGGCACUUCUGACGUCAAUCUAGACAAAUACAGACACACAUUCUGCAGCCUGCUGGGAAAAGAUACAGACAGCUGGGGUCUUUCUUACACUGGCUUGUUGCAUCAUAAAGGAGACAAGAUGAACUUCUCUUCCCGGUUUGGACAGGGAUCCAUCAUUGGAGUCCAUCUGGACACGUGGCACGGCACACUCACUUUCUUCAAGAAUCGCAAGUGUAUAGGUGUUGCUGCCACAGAGCUACAGAAUAAGAGGUUUUAUCCCAUGGCAUGCUCCACGGCAGCAAAGAGCAGCAUGAAGGUCAUCAGAUCUUGCUCUGCACCCACCUCCCUGCUCUACCUCUGCUGUGCUCGCCUUCGCCAGCUGCUGCCGGACUGUAUGGACACCCUGGACGUGUUGCCACUGCCACCAGGCCUUCGUCAGUUGCUCCACAACAAACUGGGUUGGGUGCUCAGUCUCAAUGGUGGCGCCAUAGAGGAAACCCCUGAAGAGCCUGAGCGCCCCACAGGUUUGCCUGUCCCCCCGCUAGCCGGACCGUCGUCCUCUGAGAGCGACUCAGAGGGUUGCACGUCUGACCCCGAAGCCUGUCAGAGGAAGAGAUGCCGCUGGACAUGACUGGACGGCUCCAAUCCUACCUCCUCUUAAACACUGGUAGACGUUACUGUCCUUUGGCAUCUAAUCUAGUGUUUCCUACCUGCCGCAAACUUUCCUCAACAUCCAUGUUGUCCAGUAGUGAAGAAAGUAAGGGAGUGGUACAUAGGAGCAAAACUGUGAUGGCGGUAUUACUGCCUGCACGUCUUUACUGUGAUCUUCUCUCAUGCCAUUCAGAUGUCUUGAUGCUCAUCAUACAUUCAGUAUCCAAACCAGCUUCAGUAAUAAGUGAAAAUAUGUGGUGUUGUUUUGUUAGCAAGCAUAACUUGUUGCCAUGCAUCCAUGGGGAUUAGUGAGCAGAUGCAGGGACAGCCUGUACAGUCUAACACUGAAGUCAUGUUUGGCCAAAUUGUGAUGGUCAACGUGGUUUAUUUGCAAAAAGGGGGGGUUUAAAAAAAAAAUUAGACUGGAUAUUUUCUGUGUUUUCAUCUUGUAUGCAGAUAAUGUAUAUUGUUCUCAAUCGUAAUGAAACCGGUGCAUUAUCAAAGUAAUCUUUUACCUGUUUUACUUGCAUCUGCUAUUAUCUGUUAGGUUGCCAAAGUGAGAAUCAGUUGUAGAGUGUCGAAUAGACGGAACGUACAGGAAGUGACACGCCAUAGGUCAUGUUCUUUAUUUCUUACCCACAGGUUACAUCUGUAAAGCAAAAACUGUCAGAAUGUUUCGACUGAUCAAAAACUUAAGAAAUGUUAGAAGGAGGUAGAAUGAACCUGAAUGUACUUUUUAGUCCUCCAAAAAUGAAAAGACUCAGAAGAACUAAUGCACCUAUAAUUUCUCAUCAGAUUAUCCUUGUUUCUUGAGAAAAAAAAAGUUUAAUAUGUUAUAUUUACAGCAACAUCCAUCUGUCACCAGCUUUUGAAAAUCUCCUUUUGAAUCCUUAUGAACUAAAGUAUUGAUUUCCUAUUUUCUAAAAGAUGUAGGUAAGGCAGUAUACAUUGUUAUUUAGUGUAGCUCUUUUUAAAUCUGAUCACGAGACAGUAUGUCACUCAGAAGAGACUGCCACAUGUUGUCACACAGUAAAUUGUCAUCGCUGUUACACCUUAUCUUCAUGUAAAACAUUUUAAAUUCCUAGUUUCUUGGAAAAAAUAUGAGAUUAUGAACAGUUUUAAUGUUAAACUUGUGUACUUUAUGCAAGGGUGUUCUGUUGGUGUUUCCAAGGCCUUGUUCCAUAUCUUCCUUUAAGAAAACAUUUUAGCAUCAAACGCUCAGCCCCUGUUGGCCCAACAGAUUGCUGAUCCUUGUUUCCCCUAGAAAGUAUUCACAGAAAGAUAUUAUUUUCAAUAUAGUUAAAGUAUUGUAACUUCUCACACUGCUCCUGCAGCCAGGUUCACCUCUCAGCUAUUUGCGUAUGUUUGCAGUGUUUCUAACAAUGUUUUUUUUAAACAUGGCUAAAAUCACAGUUUACAUGUUGCGCCACAGCCCUGAAGCUGUAGAUUCAGCCAUAUUUUGUCAUGACUACAUCUUUUAGAAUAUAUCAAGUACACGAAAGGACAGUGUAGAUGUGGAUUAUGCUGCAGGAGUGGUCUGACACAAUUCUGUGGAUGUAUUUAAAAAAAAAAAAGUUCAGCCAUCUUCAAGCUGACAUGGGCUGAGCGGUGUUAAGAUCAGUUUAAGUUUUAACUAAUCUUGAAUGACUGAGGACGGGAUCAUUACCCCUGGGUCAGAUAUGUAAAUAAUUUUAGUUUUUAAUUUCUUUGGAGUAACCAACCAUAAUUAUACAGAUAUUAAAGUAGUGUUUGACCCAGGUGUUAAACGGUAUGCUAACAGCUGCCUCAGUCACCGGUGUUUGAUCACUUUCUCUCCUCACGGUCUUGGUUUAAGUAGACGCACACAAAGACUUAAGGUACUAUGCAACACAAGCAUCUUAUGUGAUGAUGGUUUUCAUAAGUAACGGGUGUUUCAGGAUAUUAUGAUGGAGGUGCAAACACAACGACAGUGGUAAAGGUACCAGAGGACCAUGCUCAUUAGUCCAGAGUAGUGUCAAUGUGACACGACACACUUAAUUCUGUCCAGUUGUGUAAUGAUCUCUCAGAUUGAUCCCUAUAGAUCUUGUAAUGUAACCACCAAGAGGUUCGUCCUAGUACAGCAGAUUAAUUCUCAGUCUUAUUCCACAAUAUUUGUCUUCACAUCGAUGCAUCCAAGCACUUUUUCUUACUGUUAUUCUGUAAAUAGAAAAAAAUUCUAAGUGUCUCUUCUAUAACAUGUCAUAUUAAUAAUUCUGUAUGUGAAGCCCUUUACUCGCCUUUUCUGUAUAACUUAUCAGCAUGAUUUCCAGCUGAAAAUAAAUGAAUGCUAAAUAUGCA